AUGCCUGUCGAGACACAAGCAUCUUCUCUGCUCAGCGCCGUUGAUGAGGCAUCUUCGUCACUUGUCAGCCGCUCAAUCGCCUUGAAUCUGCUAGAAAUCCCGACCGCGACGCUAUAUGCGGAGAUGAUUGCGGUACAGAAAACCCGAGAAUACGUGUUGUCAGCUCUGGAAGACGCCAAGAUGGAACUAGCCAAAGGGAGAUCGAAGUUGGCCCAUUUUAGAGAAUGUUGCAACACCAUUGUAGAGCAGUAUGCGCAGGACGAGUCGCUCACCAUGUAUGAUGAGUCGCUGAACAGUAUGUUGCCUGACCUUGGCCGGCAACUGUCGCAGGACGAGAGUCGCCCGUUGCUGCGGAACAUGGGCCUCGCUCGAUGGAUCGAGGAGAACAAGAAGCAGAGGGAAAUUGUACAUGGCGAACUCAGGCACUGCACCGAGAGGAGUGUCUCAAAGUGUGAAAAGGAAGUCAGUGAUCUUACGGCUAAGGUGGAUUCGCUCCGGCAGAAGCCCCAAGACCUCGACGAUCGAGCGGCUGUGCUUCAGGCUUGCAAGGUGCUGAGAUCAGAGGCAGGAAGAGCGGCCGCCCAAGCCCUGCAUCAAGAGAUGUUGCAGAGACAGAGGGACUAUAGUGAAGAACAGGCUGGCGCUGCGGUCGGUUGA